AUGACAGCGACGCAGUCACCGCCACCGACACCACCACGGAUGACGCCAGCGCCAGCGCAGGCGCCGCUGCCGACGCCACCACGGCCGACGCGCACGCCGUCAAAACCACCGCCGCAACCUCGCACGCCGACACCACCACCCCAGCAGAGGGAAUGCCCACGAUAUGACAGGCAACAGGCGUGGGAGAUUCCGCAGGCACACGUCGGCCAGGUGGUCCGCACGAUCGAGAUGGGAGGGCGUCUGUGGCACCAACAGUCGGUGACGUGGACGUGGCCCGCAUCGAUGGAGACCGAGGACGCGCCGGAAGCCCGGGUUUGGGAAGAGGCGGAAGCGAUCGGCUGGAGAACGCCGGACCAGGAGUCACGCGAUCCGCGAUUACGCGCCCGAGCAGAGGGUAAGAGGCCGGAGAAGGAGGUCCCGAGGGAGGAGAGCCCGGGAGAAGCAAACCCGGAGAAGAGGGAGUGGAGCUGGCCUGCACCAGGUGAGGCGCCGCCACCACCAAGGCUGCCGCGGCAAACGUCGUGCCCAGAAGCGCGGCAACCGCCACUGCAGGCAGGCGUCGCUGGACGGCCAGAAGUGGAGGGAGGUGCCAACGAAAGACUGGCCGCUCCGGGUGGCCGAGGAAGCGGCUGGACAAGGAGCACGGAAGCGAAGAGUGCACUGGGCCAAGUUAUUCGAGCUUGGCGGGCAGCGCUACCGCCUUAA